GAGAAGAGAUGAUAGUAUGCGGUUUAGGGCGUAAAAGAAGAAACGAAGCCGUAGAAGAGGGCUCUUUCUUGGCUGAGCAAACAUAACAAACUUAUCCCCAAAUUCUUCCAAGAUGGAUCGGUACCAGAGAGUGGAGAAACCUAAAGCAGAUACUCCUAUUGAUGAGAAUGAGAUUCGUAUUACAAGUCAAGGAAGGAUGCGCAGUUAUAUCUCAUACGCCAUGACUCUGCUUCAAGAGAAAGGGUCUAAUGAAAUUGUAUUCAAAGCAAUGGGAAGAGCCAUUAAUAAAACUGUGACGAUAGUGGAGUUAAUUAAGAGAAGAAUUGUUGGUCUCCACCAAAUCACAGUGAUUGGAUCUACGGACAUUACGGAUACAUGGGAGCCCCUGGAGGAAGGCCUCCUGCCUUUGGAGACCACAAGGCAUGUCUCUAUGAUUACAAUUACCCUCUCUAAAGAGGAACUUAAUACAUCUGCCAUUGGCUAUCAGCCUCCGUUGCCAGCAGACCAGGUGAAGGGGCCUCUAGAAUUUGAUUAUGAUGGAGAGGGAUCACCAAACCGAGGUAGGGGUCGUGGUGGUAGGGGCAGGGGCCGUGGGGGAAGAGGGAAUGGAUAUAUUUCUGAAUAUGGAGAUGGCAGCUGGGAUCGCAACAGGGGCCCCAGCAGGGGCAGGGGUCGAGGAAGAGGACGUGGUGGUUUCCGUGGACGUGGAAGAGGAGGAUAUAAUGGUGGACCAUCAUAUGCUGAUGUGCAGCAAGAUGGAGGAUAUGGUUAUGAUGCACCUGCUCAAGGCCGUGGUCGUGGCCGUGGGAGAGGAGGAUAUCGUGGAAGGGGUCGUGGAUUUAGAUCUAAUGGGCCGAUCCAGGGAGCUGAAUGAUGAUGCUUAUUUAUGUUCCUUUGAAUGCAUGCUGUUGGCUAUGUAUGUUUGAUUGCUUCUCCCUAUAUCGUAUUUAUCAUAUAUUUUUUUCUUCAAUUGCAUUUGUUUGGCGCCUUGGUCUGAACUAGGAGUUUAUAACUUUAGGUCAUAUUUAUGCGUAACCUGUAGACUAAUCUUUUGUAGUUUAUAAACUGUUGUCUUGAGGCAUUGUAGGUGUAGAUGUGUUGUUUGAACAAGCUGUAAUUUUUUCUUUUCUAAUUGAGCAGUGCAUUCUUUUA